AUGUUCCUCUUCCAACUUUUCAACAUGUUUUUUGCCGCGUCUAAGAAAGAGGAGGAAUCUACGCACAAUGUCUCGCAGUUUAAGCGCGGGGACUUGCUCGAAGUACCCAGGACUCUUUUCACGCAUUUCGGUAUUUAUUUGGGGGACAAUCGUGUGGCGCACCUCAUCCCAGAUAUCUUGCCGAUGCUGACGAAGGACAAGGACAAAAUCAGCAAGAUGGUGACGAACAAUCGGCUCAUUCUCGGGGUCAUCACCAAGACGGCGAGCGUCAGGGUGGACUCUGUGACAGACUUUGCUUACGGGUCAGAGAUUUUGAUCAACCACAUGGACAGCGUGUGCAAGCAGACACCUCUGGACGGGGACGAGGUGGCGCGCAGGGCGGAGAAACUCAUGGGCUCGGUCACAUAUAGCCUGCUGUGGUACAACUGCGAGCACUUUGUCAUGUACUGCAGAUACGGCAUGGCUAUAAGCUACCAGACGUACCAGUUCUGUACAGCUGUGCGUAAGGUGGUGUGCAGUCGUCUUUGUGCCUACCUCACAGCUCUGUUCGGGGUCCUGGGCCUGUGCUACGGGGGCUGCGUGGCCCCCUGCACCCUGCUCCUCACCAUCCUCGUCUCCUUCACUAUCUGGAUGGCUGCAUGA